GGCGCGGGUAGAGGCGGCGCUGGUCGGCCCGGCUCGGCAGUCGCCGCCCGUCGGGUUUCGCGGGCAGCCGAGCCCGCGCCUCGCCCGCCGCCGCGCCCGCCGCCACCGCCGCCGCCGGGGGAGCCGGGGCACGCCGCAGGCGCCGCGCGGUGAUGCGGGGCCGCGGCGGCGCCGAGCCCUGACUAAAGAUGGCCGCGCUGCCCGGUGGGAACAUGGCGGGGGGCGGCCGGGGGGCGCGGGUGCUGCUCUUGCUGCUCUUGCUGCUGCUCGGCGGCUGCCUGGGCCGGUGGCCCCCGGCCGCCGCCGCUGCCGCGCCGCCCGCCGCCGUCGUGCCCCCGCCGGCGGCGGAGGAGACGGUGAUCAUCGGCCUGCGGCUGGAGGACACGGACGACGUCUCCUUCAUGGAGGGGGGCGCGCUGCGGGUGAGCGAACGAACGCGGGUGAAGCUGCGGGUCUACGGGCAGAACAUCAACAACGAGACGUGGUCGCGCAUCGCCUUCACGGAGCACGAGCGGCGGCAGGGCGGGCGGGCGGCGGCGGGGCCGGCGGGGCGCGGCGGUGGCAGGGGCGGCGGCGGGUCGGCGGGCAGCGGUGGGGCCCCGCAGCGCUGCGGCAUCCGCACCUCGGACAUCAUCAUCCUGCCGCACAUCGUGCUCAACCGCCGCACCUCGGGCAUCAUCGAGAUCGAGAUUAAGCCCCUGCGCAAAACGGAGAAGAGCAAGUCCUACUACCUGUGCACCUCCGUCUCGGCCCCCGCCGCCGCCGCCCUGGGGCCCGGGGCUCCCGGAGGGCUGGCGGGCGCCGAGGGGCCGGCGGGACCUCCGCCCUGGGGUGAGACCACUUGGAUCUACCAUGACGGCGAGGACACCAAGAUGAUCGUGGGCGAGGAGAAGAAGUUCCUGCUGCCCUUCUGGCUGCAGGUCAUCUUCAUCUCGCUCCUCCUGUGCCUCUCGGGCAUGUUCAGUGGCCUCAACCUGGGCCUGAUGGCCCUGGACCCCAUGGAGCUGCGUAUCGUGCAGAACUGUGGCACGGACAAAGAGAAGAACUAUGCCAAGCGCAUCGAGCCUGUGCGGCGUCAGGGCAACUACCUGCUGUGCUCCCUCCUGCUGGGCAAUGUCCUGGUCAACACUACGCUUACCAUCCUGCUGGACGACAUUGCCGGCUCUGGGCUGGUGGCCGUGGUGGUCUCCACCAUCGGUAUCGUCAUCUUCGGCGAGAUCGUGCCGCAGGCUAUUUGCUCUCGGCACGGCCUGGCCGUGGGCGCCAACACCAUCUUCCUCACCAAGUUUUUCAUGAUGAUGACCUUCCCGGCCUCCUACCCCGUCAGCAAGUUGCUGGACUGUGUCCUGGGCCAGGAGAUCGGCACGGUCUAUAACCGUGAGAAGUUGCUGGAGAUGCUGCGGGUCACCGACCCUUAUAACGAUCUAGUCAAGGAGGAGCUCAACAUUAUCCAAGGAGCCCUGGAACUGCGCACCAAGACCGUGGAGGACGUGAUGACUCCCCUCCGAGACUGCUUCAUGAUCGCUGCUGAGGCUGUGCUCGACUUCAACACUAUGUCCGAGAUCAUGGAGAGCGGUUACACCCGCAUCCCUGUUUUCGAGGGUGACCGCUCCAACAUCGUGGACUUGCUCUUCGUUAAGGACCUGGCUUUUGUGGACCCUGAUGACUGCACGCCACUCAAGACCAUCACCCGCUUCUACAACCACCCGCUGCAUUUCGUCUUUAACGACACUAAGCUCGAUGCCAUGCUGGAGGAGUUCAAGAAAGGCAAGUCUCACCUGGCUAUAGUGCAAAGAGUAAACAAUGAAGGAGAAGGGGAUCCUUUUUAUGAAGUCCUGGGAAUUGUCACUUUAGAAGAUGUGAUUGAAGAGAUCAUCAAGUCUGAAAUUCUGGAUGAAACAGAUCUAUACACUGAUAACAAGACGAAAAAGAAAGUAGCUCAUCGGGACAGGAAGCAGGACUUCUCUGCCUUCAAGCAGACAGACAGCGAGAUGAAGGUUAAAAUAUCACCGCAGCUGCUCCUGGCAAUGCACCGGUUCCUGGCAACAGAAGUAGAAGCAUUUGGUCCAUCCCAGAUGUCAGAGAAGAUCCUUCUCAGGCUGCUAAAACAUCCCAACGUCAUCCAGGAGCUGAAAUACGAUGAGAAGAACAAGAAAGCCCCAGAACACUACCUCUACCAGCGAAACAAGCCCGUCGACUACUUUGUUCUCAUUUUACAGGGGAAAGUGGAAGUGGAGGCUGGGAAAGAGGGGAUGAAGUUUGAAGCUGGUGCUUUUUCCUACUAUGGGGUGAUGGCCCUCACAGCAUCACCAGUUCCCUUGUCCCUGUCUCGUACCUUUGUUGUCAGCAGAACAGAGUUGUUAGCAGCAGGUUCUCCAGCUGAAAACAAGUCUCCGCCUCGGCCCUGUGGCUUGAAUCACUCAGACUCUUUAAACCGGAGCGACCGCAUCGACGCGGUGACGCCGACGUUAGGGAGCAGCAACAACCAGCUGAACGCGUCCUUCCUGCAGGUGUAUGUUCCAGACUACUCAGUGAAAGCCCUCACAGACAUUCAGUUUGUCAAGAUCUCAAGACAGCAGUACCAAAAUGCCCUGAUGGCAUCCCGGAUGGACAAAACACCUCAGUCCUCGGACAGUGAAAACACUAAAAUCGAACUGACUCUUACGGAGCUGCACGAUGGUUUGCCAGACGAGACAGCAAACCUGCUCAACGAACAGAACUGUGUGACUCACAGCAAGCCCAACCACAGUAUGCACAGUGAAGGAGCCAUCUAGGAGCUGACUCCCCACAACCCACCCAUCCCAUCUCCUCAGCAGGACCAGCCCUCGCUCCUUCCUGGCUCCUCCCCGAGUGUGAACACCGUUAGUGCGUGCUUGCAACACUGCUGCAUCCAGUGUUCUGAGACCAAAGACUUUUGCAUCCGUUCUGGGAGCAGAAGAGGAAGAAACAGGAAGAAAGGAGCAAAGAGCAAGAGAGACUAAAGACCCAAACGUAAUUUGGGAAUGGUGAGCCACCCUUGAGAACGAUGAAAAUUCUUCUUGCAAAGUAGAAUAUGUUUAUUUUUUAUCUGUACUUUUGAUCCUUGUUGGGUUUUUUCUCCUCAAACACAUAUGGGGAAGUUUAAAAGCUCCUCCAUUAUUUUUUCAAGAGAGAUCAUGUUUUUAAAAAGUAUUUUGCAGAGUUUUAAAUUGUUUCUGUCCCUCAUGAACCUCAAAUGGGUUCUGUCAUGGUUUUGUGAAUUGGCUCCUAUGUCCUUAAGCCUCUUCUCACCCAGCUGUGGUCCUUUUUGUUGCCCUGUUGAAAAAGUUAGUAACUGGUACUUGUAUGUUAUUUGUGUCCUAAGAAUGAGCAAGCUUCAAGGAACCUCUGGUUUCAGCCACCUGGAGGACCAAGAGAUGAGGAUUAUUACAGUCUUGCAGUUAAUUUUCAGGGAAGGAGUGGUUACUUUGGUAUUUAAUAAUGUUUCAAAUUUCAGAAGGUUUCUUUGUUAAACAGGCAAAAGCAUUGUUACACUUACAGUUUUGUAACUUCCAGAACCUUUGUGUAUGUUGGAGAUGAUACUGGGGGGAAGGAAUUAAUUAGCAAAACUGCAGUCUGGUGAAAUGAAAGCCGGGUGUGUGAUAUUCCAUAGUGAAGUAACUGGGUGAUUUUUCCUUGAUGUUCCUGACAAUUGCAUGAAGUAAUGUGUGCACCCUGAGAUGCCAGGCCUUUCAGCACUCCCGUGCUGUAGCGGGCUGUGCACCGUUACCUUGGCCACAGCAGAUGGUGCAGCCUUUGCUGAGUAUCAGAACACCAGUCCCUGUCCCCCCUGUAAUCUCUGACAUUAACACAGAAGAUGCUGCUACAAUUACACCCAAAGUACAUGCUCCAGGUGACACUAAACCUCUGCCAGUGCAAGGAUGGGCACUGCUGGGGAGCCAGAACCAUCCUCUCCUCUCCAAGAGCUUACAAAACUUUCCAGACGCGAGUGUAUUGCACUUCAGGGAUUCAGAGAGGUUCAUUUCCAGGCUGUUCCCAGCCACAUGCAUUCCUUUGAGUGGAUUUAGUGCAUUUCCUUCUCUCUUGCCCCUUUUAACAGUCAUUGUAGGGAUUACCAAGGCAGCAGAACAGAGAGCCUCCCACCCAGCUGCCACUAGUGCAGGGCAACGCCCUGCCUUGGGCGGCAGAAACCAAUUCCUCCACCCCAAAAACCUGGAUACAGACUAGGUGCCAGCAAGAGGCACCCUAUGGCAGUUGUGCAUCACCCAUUUCCACAGAUGGAGUCUAAGUCCUCAAAUGAAUAAAAAAAGAAAGUUGUCCCCCUGCCAGUCCUCUCCCCUUCCAAUGCUGUCUCAAACAAAAUGUGAACGUUGCCCUCAAUAUCUGGAUUGAUAAAUCAGGCUUUGAGGUUUCUCUGUUUCAAGACCCUGCUAUGGCCCCUGGCUGUGUAGCAUUUCCCUUUCUUUACACGUGGAUAGUCUCUUUAGGGACACCCAAAGAAGCCCCCAGCCUCAAAUGCAGCUGCCAGAGCUCUCUGUGCCUGCAGGCCUGCCCCGUCUCUCCUGCUCGUGAGCUGUGGGAGGCACUCGUGGCAAGUUCCCAUGGUCUGUCUGUGUGAAUGGUGGCUGGAAAGGUGCAAUAUUCCAUUGCAGGAUCUCUGUGGGCAUUGGAGUGUGUGGUAUCAGAGCCAACUGGGUUUGCCUGUCUCCCUCCUCCUCCUCUCUCUUCCAGCUUCAGAAAGCAGCACUAAUUUUUGCUGUCCACCCUGGUGGGAGCCACCCCACGAGGGUGAGAUCCCUGCAAGGGGCAUAGGAAUUGCAUAGUAUCCAACUUGUGCCCCCAGUGAGGAGGAAACAGGCCCUCAAAGCCUUGCUCUCACAUGUAGCUUUUUGACUCUUUCCCAUCUAAAAGUGUUUCCUUAGCCUCCAUCCCACCCUCUCUCUGCUGUGCUCCAGCCCAGCACCGCUGCGAGCACACGGCUUGGCGGCAGCGUGGGCUGGCCUAAGCCUUGCACCUUCCCAGAGAGCUGCCAAUAUUGCACCUUUCUCACAGAGCAAAAUGUCCAGAUGUUACAGCAUUUGUCCUCAGCGAGGGACUCGUCUUGCCAGUUUUUAUCUACUGUUGCUGAAUGUAAAAGUUUGUUGUAAGUGUUUGACGUGGUGCUGAACUUGAGAUGCAGUAUCCGUUUUGUCAAACCUGCCAAGGGAGGGAAGGCUCAAGUCAAGGCAGCUCUCUCUGGGUGAGUUUGCUCGCUGGAUCUGACUUCUGCUUCUUAUGGCAGGUUAAGGAUUUGUUUCAAUGUCUGUUUCCCUUUAAAAAAAAAGAAAAGGAAAAAAACAAAAAAGAAAAAAAAAAAGAAACAAAA